AUGACAGAACUACAAGCCGCCAGCGGCGACAAACAGCCCACCUCCCACGCUCAAUCCGAGCCCGAGACACCUCAAAGCCCCAUCUCCACCUCAGACCUCGAGUCCGAGGAAGAUCUAGACCACAGCGUAGCCAACAUCGAACGAAUCUACAGAAAAUUGGACCGCCGGAUCAUCUCCGCCUUCUGGAUCCUUUACUUCCUCUGUUCAGCAAUCCGCUCGAACGUAGGCCUAGCCCAGACCAUGAACACAGACGCCGGCCAUGACCUCGCCAGCGUCCUGAAUCUAACCCCGCACCAAAUAUCCACCGGUCUAGCCCUGUUCUACGUCUGCUACGUGAUCUUCGAUCUACCCUCGAACCUGAUAAUGACCCGACUCAGCCCACACGUGUGGAUGAGUCGGAUCGUCAUCAGCGUAGGUUUAAUCGGUAGCUGUCUCGCCGCAAUGAAGGCAGCGUGGAGUUUCUACCUCCUCCGCCUCCUCCUCGGAAUCGUCACAGCAGGCAUGUGGCCCGGAAUGACCUACUAUCUAACCCUCUUCUACCCACCCUCGCGCAUCGGCAAACGCAUCGGCCAAUACUUCACAGCCUCACAAGUCUCCGCCGCCGUAGUCGGCCUCGUCUCCGCCGGCUUCCAAAAAAUGGACGGCGCCAAAGGCCUCGUCGGCUUCCAAUGGAUGUUCCUCGUCUACGGUGUCAUCACCGUCGCACUAGGCUUCGCCUUGCUCUGGUGGCUUCCCGACCGGCCCAUCGCACCGGGCGAAACGGCCCCGAAACGUAGCUGGGUUACGCGCUGGAUGCCGCGCACGGCGCCGGCGCUCAAGGGCGCGGAUGCUCUCGUGCAUUAUCAUGAUCUGAAAAGGGUGUAUCACUCUUCGGCGUGGACGCUGCGGGAUCUGGUAAGGGUUUUUCUGGAUUGGAGACUUUAUCCGUUGCUUGUGAUGUACUUUGGGGUUGUUGGUGUGGGUAUUGGGGUGCAGUUGUAUGCGAAUUUGAUUAUUCAGGCUAUUGAUCCGACGCUGAGUGAUGUGGAGUUGAGUUUGUUGACUGCUCCUAUUUGGAUUAUGGACCUAAUCGCCAUCCUCCUCGUAACCCCUCUCUCAGACCGCUUCCACCGACACCGGGCCAUCUUCUUCUCAAUCCCCGUCCUCCUCCAAAUCCUCGGCCUCCUCCUAACCAGCUACGCCGGCUCCGCAUCUAACCCCUGGCCGCGCUACGGCGGCCUCCUAAUAGUCGGAUUCGGUCUCGGCCCCACAGUCCCCAUCACAAUGACCUGGACGACAGAGAUCUUCCAGCCGCGCCACGGCGAGGUCGGCGUUGCAGCCGCAUCGGCCGUCGUCUCGGGACUGGGUAAUCUGGGCAGUAUCCUGACGACGUAUGCGCUGUAUUCUGGGUGGAAGAGUGACUACGAGGCGCCGGGAAGAGAGAAGUAUCGAAAGAGUAAUUUGGUUAUGGUGGGGAUUUUGGUGGGGAGUAUUCUUGCUGCGGCGGUAAUGGAGGGGUUGAUUAGGGUUGUUGAUGGGGGGAGGGAGGAGGAGGCUGUUGAUGGGGCUGCGAGGAGGGAGGUUAGGCAGAGGGGGUUGGAGGGGUUGGGGGGUGGUGUUAGACGGUGGGUUGGGAGGGGGAAGAGGGUUUUGAGGACUUGA